ACAAAAUUAUGUUGUGUUCAAACAUGUAAUAAAUCUUUAUUUAUAUCUUAUUAUUUUGAAAGUAUUCCAUUCAAUCCUUUGAAUAGUUAAUCGAAUUGUAUGAUUGUUUACUAAUUUAUUAAUAAUUUUAAUAUUAUCAAAUAACAUUAGUACCUUACCUCCAUUGUUCAUAAUGCCCCGAUUGAAGAAAAGGUCAUUGGAAACCAAAGCUAGGAUAUCUAGGAUGAAACGAGCUGAAAAACGAAGAGAACAAAUUUUGUAUUUAAAGACACAAGCCGAAGAAAUGGAAAUUCUAUGGUAUGUACUAGCAUGAGUUUGUUUUAAAUGUUAUUUUACGCUGUAAUCAAAUACCUAUUACUUUAAGAAUAUGUUCUUAAUAACACCCAUUCAAGUUCUUUUAGAGUAGAAUUGGUACGUACUAUUUAAAAUAUGCACCUACAACUUAGUGUUUAAAUAAAGUUUUAUACACUUAACUUUUCAUAUUGAAAUUAUGAUAAUGUGUUAAUUAAAUUAAAUUAAUUUAAUAAAGAGUUUUUAUAUAUAUAUUACAGUGUAUCAAAGUGUUUUAAUAGCGACAUCAACAUUUGUUAAUAUAAAACAUAAUUUAUAAUAAAAAAGUAGUUUUUGACAAUGUUUUUUAGUACAGUUUUACAAAAUUAUGCAUUUUAUUUUUGUAAAUUUUCAAACAGAACGAGGAAUGUAUUGGUUUUCCAUGAUUUUUUUUUUCUGUCCAUAAACAACUAUUUUACCAAAAAUCUUGCUGCAAUCAAAACAUAAAGAGUUAUUUUUGUUACAUUUUGAUUCUAUUUGGUGUAUUACGAAGGUCAUUUUUUUGAUUUUUCAAGUAUUUUAUUUGCAUUACCUAUAAUGUUAUAAUUGUUAUUCUUAUAAGAAAAACUUUAGGACAAAUGAGCAAAUUUCAUUAUUUAAAAUUUUUUUUCCUUGAACUUGAGAGCAAGAUCUCAAGUUCAAAUAAAAUAAAAGUUAAGUAUUUUCUUUGAAAUAAAUUUUAUCUAGUUUAUGCAUAAUAAGGUUCUUUUUAACAGUUUUCUUAAUAACUGAAAAGUAAAAAAGUUUAUGGAAAUAAUGGUUUCAUUUUUUUUAUUGUAAUUUGGUUAAAAAUAAUUAUAGAGAGCUGAAAUUUUCACAUAAUACUUAUAUUCCCUUUUGCCUUUUCUCAAAGUGGCUUAGAUGUUCACACAUUCUGGCAAUUUUUGAGUAAUUUAUUAAAUUUAUUUUCAAGUUUUAAUUUGGUUUAAUGGGGAUAUAAUUAUUAUGAAUAAGUAGAAAUACUUUAAUUUUACAUGAGGUUUAUCAUAUGUUGUUGUAAAUGAUCCAAAAAAUAAUAAUAUGGUUAAACAUAAUGUAGUAAUUCAUUUUAUACCUAAUCAUUAUAAGUCAAAAUGAUGGCAUUUCAUGUGAAAUGUUUUUCUAGUUAUUGUUAAUUUAUUUUAUUUUUCAUUAAUUCCUUAUUUAUAAUUUUACUAUAGAUUUAGUAUUUCUUGAUACCUAUAUAAUUAAAAGUUGUAAAUUAGGAAUGUAAAUCUUGUUGCAAUAGUGAAGUUGCAAUAGUGCAAUACAUAGUGUCAAGUAAUCUCAUUUAAUUUAAAAACAAUUGUCUGUUAAAUAAUUGAAAUUGUAAUGCAUAUUAGGUACUAAUAGAUAUAGGUAUAAAAAAUUAAGUAGUUUAUUUUUUCCUGUAUAUUAUCUAAAUAAUUUAAUUGAUUAAAACUAAAUGUUAAAUAAUAUUUAAUCAUUAUGAAAUAUGAGAAAACUAUCAGCUGCUAAAAAAACAACUACUGUAAUCAAAUCCUGUUGUUUUUUUUUACCACAAAAUAAUUUAAAUGUUAUUGUUUGGUAAGAUUUUACAUUAUAUUAAAUUAUUGAUUUUAUAUCUAGCCGUGGCAUAAGAAGUGAAGGUGCUCUGGUUCCACCAAUUAGACAAACAGCAUCAAUAUUCAAACAGCCGGUUACUGUUCAUAAGAACCAGGAGGGUAAAGUUAAAACAGAUUUCAAACAUGGACGACAAGAAAAACCAAGACAAGUAAAUUUAUAUAGAAUUAUUUAACCAUCGAAAUUAUUGGUUAAAUAUUUAUUUUAGGUAUUCUGGGAGAAAAGACUUGAAGGUAUUAGAGCAUCAGAAAAAGAUGGUUACGAAUUAGGAACGAGAUGGACCGGUCUAUUGCGACCAGCUGGCCCCCAUGUCCGUGAUGAAACUCUAUUGCAAAGUGUUGCUACUGCUUUACAUGUAUGCGCUAUGCCAGUGACUGGACAACCUCCUAUGCGAUCUCAUUAUGACAAAGAAAUUGUGUAUCGGAUUCCAGACCAACCACUCGUACAGGUAUAAUAAUAUAAUAUAAGAGUAAAUAUUAGUUUUAAAAAUAGAUAUUUUUAUUUAUUAAUUAAAAUCUUUUACAAUUACUUAUAGGAGGUGAGUGUGACAGUAGAAGAUAUUAAAAGUCAAGAAGAACGUGUUAUAGCGGCCAGAAAACGACUUCAAGAAAUAAUGGGGAAAAUCAAAUAAAACAUUUGUAUAAAUUGAACAUUAUUCAUAUUAGCAAACUUUGUCACAUUUUUUUUAAACAAAUUUAUCUAAUAUGAAUUCAUUAUUAUUAUGCAAAUAUAUUUUAAUUUCACACUAUAUUUUCAUUCACAUACAUAUUACAUAUAUUUAUUAUAUAUAUGUGUGAAAAACAAAUGUAAAACCCAUG